AUGCGUCUCGAAUCCAUUGUCGCCGUGCUCGCGGCUCUGCCGGCUGCGCUCUGCUUCCAGGAGCAGGCGCCCCUAAAAGGCCACGGCAAGCUGCACGGCGCCACCUCCGCGGACAAGCACGCUCCCUCGUACCGCAAGGCCCUGAUCGACCUGCACCGGAACCUGGUCACCAUCCCGUCCAUCUCGGGCGACGAGUUCAAGGUCGGCCAGUGGCUCGUCGACUACCUGAUCAGCCGCGACUUCCGCGCCGACAUCCAGUUCGUCGAGCCGCGCGAGGGCACGCCCGAAGGUGCGCAGCGCUUCAACGUCCUGGCCUGGCCGGGCCAGUACUCGAACCCGCGCCCGCGGGUGCUCAUCUCCAGCCACAUUGACGUGGUCCCGCCGUUCAUUUCCUAUGGUAUCGACGACGGCCCCAUCACCAAGGACACCGUCAUCCGGGGCCGCGGGUCCGUCGACGCCAAGGCCGCCGUCGCCGCCAUGACGAUUGCCGUCGAGGAGCUCGUGGCCGCCGGGCGCGUGAAAAAGGACGACGUGAUGCUCGUCUUUGUCGUCGGCGAGGAGGUUGCCGGCGACGGCAUGAUUACCUUUUCCGACGCCGCUCACGCCCGCGACGAGCCGCCGUCGUGGCACUCGGUCAUCUUUGGCGAGCCCACCGAGAGCAAGCUCGUCUGCGGCCACAAGGGCGCACUCUUCUGCGACCUCAAGGUGACGGGCGUCGCCAGCCACAGCGGGUACCCCUGGCUCGGCAAGUCGGCCAACGAGCUGCUCAUCCACGCUGUGUCCAAGAUUCUCGAGACGGAUCUCGGGAGCUCCGAGCUCUAUGGCAACACGACGUUCAACUUGGGCGUCAUGGAAGGCGGUCUGGCGGGUAACGUGGUGGCUGCGUCCGCGACGGGCAAGUUUGGCGCCCGCGUUGCUAUUGGGCCGGAGAAGAAUGGCCAUCUGAUCGUCAAGAAGAGAAUUCAGGCUAUCCUGGAUGAGGUUGACAAGGAUGCGUUUGAGAUGACCUGCAAUCCCGGCUAUGGCACUGUGGACUGCAACUGCGACGUCAAAGGUUUCGAAACUCUUACUGUCAACUACGGCACUGAUGUCGCCAAUCUCAAGGGCAAUUUCACGAGAUAUCUAUACGGACCUGGCUCUAUCCUCGUUGCGCACGGCGAGAAUGAAGCCCUGACUGUGGGCGACCUGGAGUCGGCUGUUGAAAACUAUGAAAAGUUGAUUGAGCAUGCGCUGAGUAACAAGUCAUAA